AUAGCUGAAUGAAUGUUAAAUACCUCUUAUUGACAACUGGUGAUUAAACCGGCAGUUACGUAUCUAAUAUUCCAGUCAUUACCAUUGAAGAGUAAAAACCUAUUUUCUAUAUACCAUUAAAUGCAUCUUUUACGCCCACUGUGAUUGGUUACGACUGGCCCAUCGGUCUCCUGAUCCGGAAGAAGAAAGAAACAGAAGAAAAGUGGUGAGAGCAGAGGUAAAAUAAACAGCAAUAACUCAUCGCGUUCAUAGUUAAUCACUUUCUGGCAGCAUCCAUUUUGAGGUAUGGAAUAUGGCAGCAACUGAAGCACAGUCUAUGUUAAGCGUUGGAUUGAUUGAAAAAGAUGUGAACGGGGACACUCUUUGGGUGUGGUGCUAUCCCGCGGUAGGCUCAGAACUUCGACAAGUCCUGCUCAGCAAGUGCUGCCUGACACAGAACAAGGAAGAUUUUCACACGUUUGUGUUUGGCCAGUUCUGUCGUACUUGGUAUUACAUUAGCACACUGGAGGUACAGGAGCCUACCUCGCUAAACAAGGUUACUCAUUUGUCAGUUGUAGUGACAGCAAGAGACUUCAACCCCGAGAAAUAUGCUGCACUCAAUCGAAUACUGUGCAGGAUGUACAUCAAAUUUGGCAGUCCAGUGAAAAUGAUGGAGGUGUACAUCGCUGUCCUCACCAAAGGUAUUUGCCAGAGUGAAGAGAAUGGCUCAUUUUUAAUCAAGGACUACAAUGUUCACAAGGCGUUCCUGGCAGGAUCAAUCAAAGAUGUGGCAUCUCAGUUUGGCAUGGAGACCAUUAUCCUGUACACGGCUGUCAUGCUGAAAAAACGGAUUGCUGUCCACCACCCUCGAAUUGAAGCCUUGUUAGAAUUCACAAGAGUGCUUCCUGCUCUAGCGUGGCACAGGAAAGAUUGGUCUGUCCUGCAUCCAUGUGUGCACCUGACUGAUACUGAACUAGAGCAUCUCAGUAAAUGCCCAGGUUAUAUAGCAGGAUUUGUCGAUCCAGAGGUGAGCAACAGAUCAGACCUGUUUGAUGUGUAUGUGAACCUCCCAGACAGCAUCAUCACUGUGUCACAGAGCACUAAAGAGGCUAUGAUGAUGGGGAAGUUACACAAGGAUAUCGGCCAUCUUAUUGUCCAGUCUGCAGAAGACACCGAGAGGUCAGAUGGUCAAGUCAUUAAGGACAUUUCUUUGAAGACUAAACAGAUUCUUGCUCAUUUGGGGACCUUGGCUGGUGACUGUGAAGGCUCCAAAAUUACUCUGGAACAUUUAAAGCAGCAACAUUUCCCUCCAGCAACGGAAAACUUCCUGUUUCAUCUGGCUGCUGCCGAGCAACUUUUACGGAUAUGAGACAGAUUUUCAGAUGCUGUCCUAAAGGAUGACAGUUCGGGUACGCCUGCCGCUUCAGCAGACUCUGAUUAUAACAAUAAAAGUAUGCACUUAAAAAAAUAAAUAAAUAAAUAAAAAUAUCCUUAAUUUGUUCAUGUACAUGAUUAAAAUGUGGUAAACUGACAAAUUUUCCCCCUCUUCUCCUCGAAAGUAAACGUAUGACACUUUACCAUAUUUUAAUCAUGUGCAACUGAUGUACUGUACAUGUUCGAAGUACAUUUAAAGGAGUAUUUCUUUGUGCCAAAUGUGCUGUUUUUUUUUCCCCCAUGAAGUAUGAGUUUAGGAUUUCUUUUUUUUUUUUUUUUUUUUAUUGACCUCAGAUUCCCAGACAGAAUGCAAACCAAGAAAUGACCUUGUAUCUGCUCGUGUAGCUUUGUGUUUUAUGCCUUACGACACUGUCCUUGUGCCUCAUUGUUACAUGCUGUGCAAGUCAUUCCCAAAGCGAGAAACAUGGUGCAGUAAUCCAGUAAUUCACAACAAAUUACCCAAGUAAUAUUUCCUUUAAAACAAGAUUGUUUUUCUCUGCAAUAUAACAUGCUUUUUUAUGUCUGUCCCAAGCUGGUCAGAAUACUCCAAGGAUCAAGAAUUACAAUACACUUCAGACCCCAUUUUUUAAAAGCCUGUUCCGAGGGAGCGGUCCUGUUCAUGAAAAUGAGCACCCGAAAACACCGUCCGCUCUACUUUGACCAAGUAAUGCUUUUAUUACCAUGACGGCCGUGGACGUGGUUCUCAGGCUUAACCCAGGAAGCUUAAAGUUGAGAAAGAGGAGCCCAGGGUGUGGGGAGAAAAAAAUUAGCACCCAUAAAGACAUUGAAAAUUAUUUUUACCCGUGAAGUUACUACUUGCAUGAAUCAUGUGCCACUUAUCAAAAUCUAACACUAACUCUAAUCUGUGAAGCUAACAAAACUCUGUAUUUUGGUCUGGUAAUUGUUUAAAAGGGUGGAUUUUUGCAUGGGAGGAGGCCUGAGAAACGUGUGUGUGUCAGUGGGGGGGGGGGGCAGCUACUAUGAAAAUGAUCAGAAUUGAGAACAUAAUUCUGAAAAUGAAGAUGAGCUAGCUCACAGACAUAUUGACAGCAACAGGCAGAUGCAAGAUUUACUAGGUUGUUUAUUGUCACACCUGAAACGUGGCCUGGCACUCUUUGUCAGUCAAUUUUUCACGUCGCCUUGAAGAGGAAAAAAAAACAAACUUUGUGGCUUGGUUGCCAUAGUGAUAGGAAUACUUAGACAACCAUUUUAAACCAAGUCCGUUUUUCUAUUUAAAUGAUUUGCUAAUCAUUUCAGAUGUGUUCAAACAAGUGUUUAAUUUAAAUUUAUCUAGUUAACAGAUUGUUCCAUGGCCACAGAUAGUGUCUCUGUUCAGGUUUUAUUGUUUUUUUUUUAAAUUAUUAAUAAAUAGUUGCAUUGUGGGAUAUAUUUGCGAGAAGAAUGGUUUUGCGCCUCAAUAUUUCAUUCCACAGUACAGUGCAUAGAACUGAUGAUGUAACAUUGGAGGAUUAAAUUUAUUUUUAUGAACAGAUGUGUAUUUGGCAGUGAUAGACACUCAGAUUAUUCUGACUGUAUUAAUAAAUCUAUUGUUAAAAAAGAUGUGCUUCUUAUUUAUUCUACGUUUGGUCCGAGCCUAGUAUAGGUUCAGUUGUGUUAAACUGUUGCUCAAAGUCCUCGGUGGUAGAAUAACUGUCCUUCGGCCAUCUUGG